AGUCAACAACACAUCACCACCUCAAGACAUCAGACGACGAUAUCGGAGUUCACGUAUAGUACAAGAUACAACAAACUCACCGCUCCUCUUCACUGUAAACCGCUACAAUAGUCUGGGCGCUUUCGCAAUGACCGCCUCAAUCCCUCCAUCACCCGGCGAAGAAACACCAGCCUUCGACCUCAACCUCCAACACGGCCAUAAAGAUCUCGUCCAAGCCGUCGCAUUCAACACCUACGGCGAUCGCUGCGCAACUGGCUCAGUAGAUGGCAAGAUCCGCGUCUUUAACCGUCACAAGGAUGGCACAUGGCGCCUUUGCGAUACAUGGACUGCACAUGGCGGCGAGAUUAUAGAGAUUCAAUGGCUCCCCGCGACUGUUUAUCCUAAUUUGAUCGCUUCCCUUGGUAUCGAAGGGUGGUUCCGCUUAUGGGCCGAGGAUCCCUCUGCUGCGCCUGGUCGACGAUUUUGUACUGGACGAGCUGGCAAUGGAAAGCCGGCGUUUGAUACACGAUCGAAUAAAGCCCCCUACCGAUCAUUUUCAAUGAAGCAUAAUGAGGAGACGAGGCACACAUAUCUUGCGCUCCUCGCGACAGACGGACGUUUAACAGUUUACGAAAACGAUCAGCCCGAGAACCUCUCAGAAUAUGCGUCUAUUGACGAAUUCAGUGUCGCUCCGAAACCAAAUAGAGGAGAAGAACUCGCCUUUCGUGUGCGCUUCGACCCCAACCCAGAACCAUGUUAUACAGCUCUGCGCGCAGGCGUUCCCUCGGAUUCCUUAGGUCUCGUGGUGGCUGCAAUGGACACCGUCAAAGUAUAUCGAUCGCGGGAUAUUGUUGCGACUUCUAUAGGCGUCCAGCAGACUCAGAAGGAGUUCUAUCUCGCUGUUGAGUUGACGGGUCAUCGGGGUCUGGUCCGGGAUGUCGCAUGGGCUGCGGGCAAUAUUAGAGGUUACGAUGUUAUUGCGACAGCAUGUCAGGAUGGUUAUGCGCGCGUUUUCCGAAUUGAGACACCCUAUUCUGAAGAUGAUGGCAAGUCGUGGUCUGCAGCCGAUCUCCUUCGGUCAGCACCACACAUGUCAACCAGAGACUCGACACCACAAGCAAGAACAAACGGAACUGCGACACCGACGGAGAAACAAGCUACCACGCCUCAGCUGCAGCCAUCCCACAGCUACCACCAACAUCAGCACCAUACCUCUGGACUCAGUGCCAGUCUUGCAAAGUCAGGCUCUCACAAUGAUCGACAAUGGUCGGGGCAGCCCGGCCAGGUUAAGCACAAUUUCCACGAGAUAUCCAAGCUGGACAACCACCGUACCCCUGUGUGGCGUGUGGGCUUCGAUGACGAUGGUCACAUAUUGGGCAGCACAGGUGACGACGGGCGCCUGUUGUGUUAUCGUCAGACCCCGAAUGGGGCAUGGGCCAAGAGCUCUGAAUUGGCAGUACAGAAAGCACGAAUGGCCACUCCAUGAAGUCACAGUUGACAGCUGCUAGACUCAGCUCGCAGUGUCAAGACAAACAACGUUACAGAUAUCCAGUCGAUGUGCAUUGCUGAGGCGGCCCGCUACCUUUGCACCUUUCAGAGGAUGGCCCCUGUCUGCACUACAUCCUGUUCCACCACAUUCGAGUCAAGAGAGUUGAGGAUCUUGUCAAACGCAGCAUUGCAUGGCCACAAAGGGCAAAAGACGCGCCGACCUCACGCCAACAUUGGGCAGGAUAUAUGAAAGAUUUGCGCCGAGGUCACUCGGAUGAAGUCAAAGAACACCAGGCCCCUGGCUAGUCUUGUGGACAGUCCGCAUCAAGCAUGCAUGUCACGAGAUAUCUUGGAGCAGGGCAACCUAAAGGACGACACUCCGUGAAACAUAGGCAGACUGAUUUGAAAUCCGAUGGACACUAAGCCUUUGGCAUACAUCAAGCCACUAAAUAGGCUUUAAGAAUUUCAAACACAUCAUCAAGGUGUACAGUGACAUAGCAACAGUUCUGAUACUUGUGUUAUGUAGAGAUGCACAGCGCUCGUUAUGAUGCAGCUUGAGCCUGCAUAGAUCAUAUUACAUAUGUAGCCGAGAUAGAAUUCACAUAACUGAUUUGAGAUCUGAUAUUAUUCAAAAAAUUGUAUUUCCGAGCA